AUGGCUCCAUCCACAUGGGUUGUGAUCGGAGCUUCCCGGGGCAUAGGUCUCGAGCUCGUCCGUCAACUGCUCGAUCAGGGGAAUCAGGUCAUCGCGGCCGUACGCAGUCCAGAGACCGCCAACCACAUCUGGCAGUUGUCUGCUAAACAAACGAGACCCGCGGCCUGUCUCAUUGAACAGUGCGACGUCACUGAUGAAUCGAGCAUUGAUGCAUUUGUAAGCGCGAUGGGGAGGCUGGUUGCGAAGGGGAUGCGGCUCGAUAAUAUUGUCUUGAAUGCCGGCAUCUUGAAAUAUCCUAACCCAGCUGCGCGCAGAUCCUUUGCCGACUUCGCGCAGCACCUACAUACGAACACCAUUGGGCCUAUCAUCAUUGCACAGAAAUUGGUAAACCUGAGCAGCACAGCACCUCCGUCCAAGGUGAUAUUUAUUUCCUCCGAUUCCGGGUCCACAGCACUGUUUAGAGAGCACGAAGACGGAUUUGGCGCCUACGCGGCCAGCAAGGCUGCGCUGAAUCAGAUGCUCAGACAUAUGGCCGCCGAGCUGAAAAGGAAAAAGGGCAAGUACGAGGAUGUCUGCGUGUUGGCCAUGCAUCCUGGUGAAGUUCAGACUGACAUGGCAAACAUCGACCUCGACUGGGAAGUAGAAGGAAUCAUUACCCCUGAGGAAAGUGUAACGAAGAUGUUGAAGGUCAUUGGAGAGAAAGGCAAAGAUGACAGUGGGACAUUCUGGUGCUGGGAUGGAAGGGUAAAGCUGAAACACGCCAAUCUGUGA